AUGGAAACAGCAGGCGAGGAUUUUAAUCUCCAUUGGGAGGAAGUUGUAAUUAAGAACUCUCCUAAACAUGAAAACGAAACAAUUUGCGGCUUGGAAGGUGAACAAUCUGAAUCUUACUCAACUAUGGCAUCAGAAGAAAUCAUAGCUGACACAGAUCAGAUGGCUGCAGAAAAUUUGAUGUAUUUUUCACAAGAUGUAGUUGGAUAUUCAGAAACAACUGAGUUGGCAGAUGAUUUAAAUGUUGAAUGUGUAACUGAAGAGGUUAUUACUGAUGAUUGGGUUAUAGCCGGAGGACAGGAAAGAGUGGAAGUACCCUUGGAACAGCUUGCUAAUACUGUGCCAGACAUUAAAGUUGAAAAUGAUAUUGAUGUACCAUUACCAACUGAUCAAGACCAGUACACAGCGAUGCGUCCUUGGCCGUGCGACUUCUGCUCGCGGCGGUUCCGCAAAAAAGCGGCGCUGAUGAACCACAUGGUGGCGCACCAGAACGACCGGCCGCACGCCUGCAACUUGUGCGGCGUGCGCUACGUGCGCAAGUGCGACCUCAUGAACCACCUGAAGGUCCACGCCUUCGUGCCCGAGCAUAGCGACACCAUCGACUAUGAUGAUGUAUUAACUGAUAACUCACAAUUAUUAAAACCAAAGAAAAAGAGAGGGCGACGGAAAAAAAAUGCUGAACCUGUUGAGAAUGGUGUGUGGGAGAACAUGACGUCAGCGCGCACGCAACAAUGGCAGCGGCGCGUGCGCGCGCCGGCGCCGAUAUCCCCCUCCCCACCGUCGCCGCCCUCCCCGCCCUCCCCUCCGUCCCCGCGCUCCGAGGCGUCCCCGCCGCCGCCCGCCGCACCAUCCACACCGCCGCGGCCCGUCGACCCCGCGCGCCCCUUCGUCUGCCGCCACUGUGGUGUCGGAUUCGCACGGGAGAAGGCCCUGCAAUCUCACGCCAGGAUUCAUGGCGGUGACUCGCCGAUAGAGUGCGGCGAGUGUGGCGAGCUGUGCUGGUCGCGCGAGGCGCUGGCGGCGCACGCCUCGCAGCGACACCCGCACGCCGCACCGCGCCCGCGCGUCGACACCACCUUCCAGCACACCGACUCCGAUGACGACAUGGAAUACCGGCUGUCUCCAUUACCACAAGACGGCGAGCGCGCUGUAUUUGACAAUGUACGAGGACCGGAACUAUUCUGCCAGGACUGUGGUGUUGCGUUCCAACGUGUAGACUUACUACGGCGGCAUGUUGCCGCAGCGCACAGCUACAAGCGGCACGACAGCACCAGCAGCACGUGGGCGGAGGGCGAGCACACGUGCGACGUGUGCGGCGAGAGCUGCACCGACGCGCUGCAGCUGCUGGCGCACGCCGAGGGACACGCCGAGCGGCACCGCCCCGCCGUGCCCAGAUUAAAAAGAAUGGGACGGGGUAAAAACAACACAACAACUUCGAAUAUUUUAAGACAAUUCCCGUGUAGAGAGUGUGGCAAGGUGUUUGGGUCGCGCAGUUCGCAGCAGAUCCACAUCAGGAUCCACACGGGCGAGCGGCCCUAUGCCUGUCGAUUCUGCUGGAAAGCUUUCGCUGACGGUGGCACUCUUCGCAAACACGAGCGUAUACAUACUGGCGAAAAGCCGUACGCAUGCGCCGUGUGCCCACGCGCAUUCAACCAGCGAGUGGUGCUGCGCGAGCACGUGCGCUCGCACCACUCCGCGCCUGACCGCCGCGCCAACGGAGGAAAUGCAUACUGUUGUGUGGUAUGCGGUCGGACUUUGCACUCCAGUGUGGAGUUGGUGCAGCAUCUGAUACAACAUUGCGACGCUAACACUGCAUUGAAAAGACAACCACAGAGUGGUCCGCGUAAGUAUAAGCGUAGGCGGAAACUGAAGAGCGAAAUGGUAUCUCCGAAGCGCGAGUGGGAGGAGCCGGAGCCGGAGCGUGCGUCGUCUCCGUCGGGCGUGUCGGGAGCGUCGCGCGUGUCGCACGCGUCGCGCGACAGCCCCGUGCGUGCUUCGCCGCCGUACCGCCGCAGACGCGCGCCCGCGCCCGCGCCUCGCCCCCGCAUGAUACAUACCGAGGAGCCGCGCCCCAGGACCAAGCAGGUACGCAGCCGACGUCCCCCGCGGCACCCGGCGGAUGACUUGCGUGCGAUAGCGCCGCGCUCGCCGUCGCCGGUGCCGCCGGUAUCGCCGGUGCCGCCGGUGUCGCCGGUGCCGCCGGUGUCGCCGGUGCCGCCGGUGCCGCCGGUGUCGCCGGUGCCGCCGGUGCCGCCGGUGUCGCCGGAGCCGGCGACCUCCCCGACCACCCCCCAGUCGCCGCCCUCCCCCACCUGCCCCACCUCCCCGCACUCGCCCGCCGGCCCCUACAAGUGCGAGAUGUGCUCGCUGGAGUUCCCGCGCCGCGAUGCGUUGCUAUUGCACGUGCCCGUUCACAUCUGA